AUGUCAACUCCAAAAGUAAUCAUAGUAUCAUCAGAUGAUGAAAAAUUCCUAGUUGAACAAAAAGUUGCUGAAAAAUCAAUUUUAAUUAAAAAUAUGAUCAAUGAUUUGAAUCCAGAUGGAUUAACUGAAGAUUUUGAAAUUCCAACCCCAAAUGUUAGAGCCAAUGUAUUAUCAAAAGUUUUAGAAUGGUGUGAACAUCAUAAAAAUACAGUAUUUCAAGAUGAUGAAGAUGAAGAUGCUAAAAAAUCAGUUCCUGUUGAAGAAUGGGAUAGAAAUUAUUUAAAAGUAGAUCAAGAAAUGUUAUAUGAAAUUAUAUUAGCUGCUAAUUAUUUAAAUAUUAAACCAUUAUUAGAUUCUGGUUGUAAAAUGGUUGCUGAAAUGAUUAAAAAUAAAAGUCCUGAAGAAUUAAGAAGAACUUUCAACAUUGUAAAUGAUUUUAGUCCAGAAGAAGAAGCAGCAAUUAGAAAAGAAAAUGAAUGGGCAGAAGAUAGAUAA